ACAGGCAACAUCCCUGCAGAAAGAACAGUCCUUGCCUCAGUCAUUUCUGCAGCCUGUUCUUUGGCCACCAUGACUGUCCUACAGCAUGCUGUGUUUGUGAUGGUGUGCGGUGGGGCUCUGGUCUUCUGUCACAGCCCCAGAACUCCUGACCAGGUGUCUGAUGCUGACAUCCAGCGCCUGCUGCAUGGAGUCAUGGAGCAGCUGGGCAUCGCCAGGCCACGGGUGGAGUACCCAGCUCACCAGGCCACCAACCUGGUGGGACCGCAGAGCAUCGAAGGUGGAGCUCACGAGGGGCUGCAGCACCUAGGUCCCUAUGGAAAUAUUCCCAACAUUGUGGCAGAGCUGACUGGUGAUAAUAUUCCCAAGGACUUCAGUGAGGAUCAGGGCUAUCCCAAUCCACCAAAUCCCUGCCCUCUUGGAAAAACAGCUGUGGACGGAUGUUUGGAGAACUCCCCUGACACGGCAGAGUUCAGCAGACAGUACCAGCUCCACCAGCACCGGUUUGACCCAGAGCAUGACUACCCAGCACUGGGCAAGUGGAACAAGGUGCUUCUUUAUGAGAAGAUGAAGGGUGGAUCAAAGAGACGCAAGAGGAGCGUGAAUCCAUACUUGAUGGGGCAAAGACUGGACAAUGUGGUGGCAAAGAAAUCCGUUCCACACUUCUCUGAAGAAGACACUGGCGACAAUAAGAACUAAGCCAAGCACCAGCUAUUAUUUAUUAAUCAUAUUGCCAUAUUGAGGUUAAAGCAUUAGAAAAUGUGAUUUGGAAUUGUGGAUAUAAAGAGGAUGUGCGUGCUUAAUGUGUGCUUCUUACAACUAUGGAGAAAACAGCAGUGUUCAGUUAUUUUUCGCAAUUGCUUAAUGGAGACUAAAUAAUAUUUGUAUGUAGUGGCUAAGCGAAGUAGUAAAGAAUAAAUCUGUUUUAGUGCA